AGGCCGCCGCUGCCCAGGUGCAGCUGCGCCACGUCAGCAAGCCGCACGCGCGCGACGCCUGGGAGCGCGCCAAGCCCUGGAUGCUCGAGCAGCGCCAGAAGCUCGAGGGCCUCGGCUGGGCGCCCGUCGACAAGGCUCGCGUGAGUGGUGCUCGUCGUCGUCGCUGUGGGGUGGAGCACACCUCGGGUGCGCGUGCACGUCAUCCAUGCACGCCGUGCAUGGACGUGCAGCGCGGACCCUGGCGCCGCUCGUAUUCCUCCGGUGCUCACACGCCACACGCCCGCCCCAGACCGAGCUCUACGUGCUCAAGCGCAUGGCGCCCCACGGCUCCUUCACCGACGACGGCUUCGUCUACGUGCGCGUGCCCGCCAAGUUCAUCGACUUCACCCGCUCGGCCAAGGCGCGCGACGCCAGCGCCGACGGCGAGGAGGCCGAGCUCAAGCGCCGCGGCAUCCGCUCCAAGAAGCGCGAGAACGCGCCCAGCCACGCGCUCAACGACCCGCUCGUGUGGAAGAUCAAGAUCGACGGCGCCGAGAGCACCGAGGCCGACCGCGUGCCCAACGUCGCGCUCGACGUCGUGCAGCCCAUGGAGAACAUCAUGUACCUCGUCAUGACGCUGGCGCCCGGCCUCAUCCGCAUGCAUGCCUCGCGCAAGGACGCCAUGCUCCCCGGCUCGCACACGCAGGAGACGCGUGACGACCCCGUGGCGCCGUCGGUGCGUCACUCGGCCAUCUUUGCGGCGUCGGAGCAGCUGGCGCGCGUGCUGCCGCCGGCCUUCUGGUUCAAGCGCAACUCGGAGCACCUGCGCAAGAUCCUCGGCGACGCCGAGUUCGAGGCCGCCGAGGCCGCCGCCAACGACGAGGAGCGCGCCACGAGCCGCAUCCUCGGCGACGUCGCCGAGCGCACGUGGGAGGAGAUGCUGCCUCCUCCCGAGCAGAAGAAGAAGAAGAGCAAGAAGGCCGCCGCUGCCGCCGCCGCCGCCAACACCCACUCCGCCACGGACUCGUCGCCGCUGGCUGGCUCGCCCAUCGAGGCCCCGCCCACCGCCAUCGCGGUCUAAUCUUUGCAAGCAGGGCCUCGGCCGGCACAUCCGUCACCUCGCACGCUGCGCCAACACUGCCCGGCCCUACUCAGCUAUCGUGAACUCGCAUCCUCAAGUCAAGCUCCCGACCGUCCGUCUCGUCUGUCUCGCGCCUGGUCGUCCCGAUCCCGCUUCUCGCCUCUCUUCUCGCCCUGACGUCUUGUACCACCAUCCCGCUGUCUCACUACCAUCUCACGCCUUCAUCAUCCCGCAUCCUCCUCCACGGAGGGCCCGUACUACUACUUACUAAACCCUACAAACAUUGUCGCAUCGAAUGAAUGACUGUCCACGG